AUGUCUCGUGCUGUCACUGCUGGCGGCAAAGCCUGGGCUGCGGCGAGUGCUCGGACCCUGGCUCGGCGCCUUCGACGCGAACGGAGGGCGCAGCUCGGGAAGACGAGGGCCGCCGCUAUGUCCUACCGGUUGCGUGGCCUCCGUGUCGCCCUCGACGCCCACCGGCGCCUUGGAGAUCGCCUGGGCGGCCACUUUCCCACGCUGGGCGCCGCGAGCGCGGCGGCCCGCCUGGCGGGGCUCGACGACGCGGAGCUCCAGGAUACAAUUGACGCCCUGGAGACUGGCAACUGGUGCCGCCACGCCCCGCCGCCACGCGCGAGCGGGAUGCCGCCGCCGCCUGCGGCUGUUCGGGCCGCUGUCCUCGAGUCGACGCUGAAGAUGAUGGCCUUUCCGCUCAACGCCGAGGCCGAUCCCUUCCAGCCCCGACUUCCUGUUCAUGUGAAUGCAGAGCUCGCUCCUGGUUGCCAGCCACAGAUGCGAGCCGCUACGACGACCUUCCUGAUUUACAUCAUGGUGACGCUCCUGAUGUUCCUGCUCCUCGAGAGCCUGCUGGUCAUCGAGAGCCCGCUGGUCUUCGAGCGCCUGCUGGUCUGGAGCCUGGAAAACUCGCUGCCCGCCGAGAACCUCAUGAUCUUCAAGCUGUUCCUGCUGGCGACCUUCCUGAGCCGUGUCGUUUCGGACUUCCUGGUCAUCUGGAUCCCCCUGAAGUGGGUCUAUACAACUUUCGUGGAGAUCCCGCUGGUCUUCAUGAUGUUCCUGCUGCUCAUCGAGAACCUGCUGGUCUUCAUGAUGUUCCUCCUCAUCGAGGGCCUGCUGAUCUUCGUGAGCCUGCUGGUCUUCGAGAGCCUGCUGGUCCUCGAGAUCCUGGUAAACUCUUUCCUCAUCGAGAGCCUGCUGGUCCUCAAGCUGCGCCUGCUGUACCUGUAG